AUGCAGGGCUCUUUUUAAUCGAAGGAAGCUCUAACUGACAUCUUUGGAUAAAUAAAAGAUGUAGACAUAUAAAUCUAUGGGUUCAUAUUAGAAAUAUUAAAAAAGGAUAAAGCGUAAGACUGCAUUUAAUUUCUAUCAGACAUUAGGAAUCAAAGACAGUUAGAAUCAUAAAUCUUACAACGAGUAGAGAAUAUCACCCAAGUUGAUUAAUAAUAGAAAUUGUCUGUUAUUGGAAAAGAGAUGAAAUAAAUUAUAGAUGUCUUAAAAAAGUUAAAAGAUCAUGACUUCAAUUUCAAAGACUUUUCCUCUGAAGAAAAUGUAGAAUCUACAUUAAGUCUAAUUAAUAUCAUAAAGGAUGAUAGAUAGAUUUUAGAAUUUCUGUAAUUUUUAGUUCACCUUACAUCCAUAGAUGACACUUUAAUAUAGUGUGGGUCAAAUUCAUUAAAUAUAUUAGUUUAGAUGAAGGUAGACCUUAGAAACAAAAAUUUUGAAAAUAUUAAGAUCUAAAAUACUUCUUUAGUAGGAGCAAAUUUUGUUAGAUGUAAUUUAAGUGGAUCUGAAUUUAGUAAAGUGGAUAUUAAUGGGUUGAAUUUGAAUGGAGCUUUCUUAUUUAAUUGUUAAUGGAAAAACAUAAGGGUAAAUGAAUUAAAUGAGUUGAAAGGUCAUUCAAGUUCAAUCAAUUCAAUCUGUUUCUCUCCUGAUGGUAUUACAUUAGCAUCUGGUAGUGGUGAACGUCGUGGAAAUGGGGAUUGUUCAAUCCGUUUAUGGGAUAUAAAAUCAGGAUAAUAAAAAUCAAAAUUAGAUGGUCAUACUAGCUGGGUCCAAUCAGUUUGUUUCUCUUCUGAUGGAAAUACACUAGCAUCUUGUAGUGAUGAUAACUCUAUCUGUUUAUGGGAUAUAAAGACAAGAAAAAAAAGAUUUAAAUUUGAUAGUUAUAGUGGAUAUAUUCGACCAGGCUGUUUCUCUCCUGAUGGAACUACAUUAGCAUCUGGUAGUAAUGGUAAUUCUAUCUUAUUAUGGGAUAUUAAAACAGGUUAAUAAAAAGCCAAAUUAGAUGGUCAUACUAGCUGGGUCCAAUCACUUUGUUUCUCUUCUGAUGGAACUAUAUUGGCAUCUAGUAGUAGCGAUAAGACUAUCAGUUUAUGGGAUAUAAAAACAGGAUAAUAAAAAGCAAAAUUGGAAUCUAAUAUGUGA